AAACUAUUAGUUGUCGAAACAUAACGGAUAUUCUGAUCUCAUCAAAACCCACAGAAUCAGAUAUUUGUCUCUUUUAACAAAAACAAUCUACCCGCGACCAGUGCUUAAACAGGAAACAGUGUUACGCGCGAAAAUUCAAAUAUUGGGCUGUUCAAACUGUCCUUACGUUGCGCCUUAAAGGCAGCCCUGGAAACGAAAAGAUGAUACAAAAUAGUUUUUACAGCGUUUUAAGGCGUCAAAUGUAAUUUGCAUUUCUGUUCUAACAACCCUCCGUAUUAUGUUUGACGUAGAAACUAUUUGCUAGCACCGCAACGCAAACCAAACCGACAGAGCUUGAAAGAGACAGGACAGGCUCUUCUGUUUAUAUCGGUUUGAUCAGGAAGUCUCAGUGGAUCUCACUGCUUUUGCGUGUCAGGCAAACCCUCAAAAGCGGAGAAAUACCAUUACAGAGUUGCCUUCAGAAGAUGGAUUACAUUCUGCUUAAAGUGGUGCUUGUUCUAUAUAUCUAUAAUGUACAACUUAGUCUUUCAAUGUCGGACUGCCACAGUGGAUCAAAAAUAACAAAUAUAUCUCUUGCCACUAAAACACCAUAUCGAUUUGUUGCAAAUGAAGAUGAUUCUCCACCCAACUUUAAAGACUGUAAACCACUCAAAUUUUGGUCAAUGAUAAGACACGGCACUAGAAAUCCUUCCGAGAAAAUCAUCAAACAAAUGAAUGCCCGCCUUCCUGUGCUACGUGAUCUUAUAAUAAAAAUUCACACUGAAGGAAGAGGUGAUUUAUGUGAUAAUGAAAUUAGGCAACUUUUAAAGUGGACACCGCAGUUGAAGGAAGAGGAUGAAAAAAAGUUGACCCAUGAAGGUGAAGAUGAACUUCUGGAACUAGGGGAACGGUUCCAGAAACGUUUCCCUGAACUUCUUCCAGAGACAUAUUCUAAUUCCUCUUUCAAGUUUCAAUUUACUGCCACUCAAAGAGCAGAACAAAGUGCCAGAUCUUUCACUGUUGGCUUAUUUGGACGGCGAGUGAGUAGACAUGUUUGGUUUCCAGAGGGAGUUUAUAAAGAUCCAAUUUUACGAUUCUAUAAGCUGUGUGAUAAUUGGCGCAAAAGUGUUGACAAAAACCCGGAUGCAUCUCGAGAGCUGAAAAGGUUUUCUGAAGGACAAGAAAUGAAAAAAGUACAGAAUGAUGUUUCAGAGCGAUUGGGUUUUAUGGAUAAGAUCAGCUUAGAUGAUUUGUCCUUAGUUUAUGUUACUUGCUCUUUUGAGACUGCAUGGUUUCCAAAGAAGCAUUCUCCCUGGUGCUCCCUCUUAUCUGAUGAUGACUUUAAGGUAUUAGAGUAUGCAGAGGAUUUAGAUUACUAUUGGAUUGAUGGCUAUGGCCAUCCAAUUAACCAUGAGCAAGCUUGCCCCACUAUAAGAGAUAUGUUUUCUUUCUUCAGCUCUCCCAGUUUGGAUAAAAAGGCAGUUCUAUAUUUUUCCCAUUCUGGAACUGUUCUAAAAAUGUUAGCUCAUUUAGGACUGUACCGUGAUCCACAGCCAUUACGUGCAUCCAAUUUUCAGGAAAUGCUACAAAACCGCCUUUGGAGAGUCAGCCAGAUUAGUAGUUUUGCUUCAAAUAUUGCCUUUGUGCUCUACAAAUGUGGAAGUGAAAUAAACCCGGAGCAGAAAAUUCUAACCCUUCACCAAGAACGCCCUGUUCGUCUUACUGGUUGUCCUUCCGAAGAGGACCUGUGUCCAUCUGAUACUUUUAAAAAAGUGUUUGAUAUGAGUAUAAAAGAUUGUAAUUUUGAAAGAAUGUGCUCUCUUAGAUCUUGACCAAAUGCAUAUUAUGACUGCCUUGAUUACCUUGUAACAGUAAACAUCAUCUUCAUUUUAUUCACAUCAUUGUUUGAAUUUGUCCCCUUAAUUCUAUGUUCUGAAACUGAUGUUCUGCUACUAAUAGAUCGGGCUACUAAUCCUUAAGUUUGUUAAAUCAUUAUUUGCUGCACAUUUACUGACAACAGCAGAAAAUCUGUUUAAUCAUUCACUAUCUAUUUUUAUGUUAUUCUCUCUUAUUCUCCUGACCUCCAAUUAUGAGAUUUUUGGUAUCUGUGAUAGUGUGUUUAGUUGUGUAAUAUAUGGGUUGUGAAAUAAUAUACUUAUUAAGCUUCUCUGGUAUAAAUGUGAUGCAUUUAUUUUAUUAAAUGUAACAGUGUUAAAAAUGUCUAGGAUAAUAAAGACACUUAAUAGAAAUCUAGCUACUUACCUAAUUUAUGUAUUUUUAUUUACAUGCUUAAGCACAUGAAGUAAUUUUAAGUCUUGUGCAAAUCAAAAUGUCAGUCUCCAAAAGUUGGGGCCAAUAAAUUUUAUUUUAUAUGGAAACAAUCCAGCUAAUGAAGUGAUUUAGUUUGGGCUUAAGCAGUAGAAGAAUGUUUUGCAUGUGAUAGCAUCAAGGGCUUUAGCAUAAAUAUGUUAUAAAUAUUUGACUGAAAAAUUACCUAAACCAGUCAUAAGAAAAAGUUCUAAAAGAAUGAAUAAAAAAUGGUCAUAACUCAGAA